AGGAAGUGCACGGAAGAGGUUGUUUCUAACAAAUUCUCAGUUUUACUUUGACCACCUGAAAAGAGAAGAAAACAGACACGACGCCAGGCGAUGACUCACACUUCAGGGCACACUGAGCUGUUCACCUGUUAUUCGAAUAACGCGAGCUGACCUGCAAACAAUAUCUUGUGAAUGACAAUGCUGCUGUGUAGUAAACGGCUAGGCUGGUCUUGGAAGUGGAUGUUGGUUAUUGCAUUCCUCUCAACGGUAGUGGCAUUCUCGUACUUGUUCCUUUAUAUCAGAGCAUUUGAAUUUGUGCAGGCCGGAUGGUCCAGUUUAAUGAAACAUAGAGAUGAUCAGUACAAUUAUGCUGCAAUAUCAUGGAGAGACAAUAGCUUCACCAACCUUCUCCUGAAACACACAAUCUCAGACCGUCUCAAGCGGACGCCCCGCAUCCUGUGUUUCGUCAUGACGACGCAGCAGUUUGAGGCGACGAAGGCGCGCGCGGUGAAUGCGACGUGGGGGCGGCGGUGUGCGAAGCUGCUGUUCAUCACGUCCUACACCAGCACGCUAUUCCCCUCCCAUGUGGUUACUGGGCCCGAGGGCCGUAACCACCUGACGGCCAAGUCAAUGGGUGCGCUGCAGCACCUGUACGAGACGUACCUGGAUGACUACGACUACUUCCUGAAGGCUGACGACGACUCGUACAUCGUCAUGGAGAAUCUGCAGCUGAUGUUGAGCAUGCUGAAUCCCAGCGAGCCCAGCUACCUCGGCUUCCACUUCAAAUACAACGUCCACCAGGGAUACAUGAGCGGUGGGGGCACGUACGUUCUCAGCAGAAUGGCACUGCGCCGUGUCGUCAAAGAUGGCAUCCUGCGUGGUGGCAUGUGUGCCGCAGACGGAAAUGAUGAGGAUAUCGAUGUGGGGGCGUGUCUCGAGAAAGUGGGUGUAGCUCCGUAUGCCACAUAUGACAAGUUCGGACGUCAUGCAUUCCAUGCGUCGAAUGUGAAAGAUUUCAUGAUCGGACCACUGUCUGAGUACCUGCGUCAUUACCCAUCACAUGAUGUCAAAGUGAAAGAUUUUGUUCACGAGCCCGAGGUUUUCCGAAGUUACAUUGUGUUGGAACGUUUUCACCCAGUCAUCACUGCGAAUGAUGUCAACAUAGAUUGCUGGUCCGAACUGCUGCAGUCAGUUUUCAGUCUCGUUCCACUACAUGGAGCCCGACAUGAUGUACAUCAUGGACUUCCUGCUGUAUCGCAUGAGCGUCUUCGGACUUGACACGGACUACCAGAGUCCGCACAUGACCAACUUAUUCCCCUUACAGAGAGUCGUCGUUCCCCACAAAGACGACAAAGAAAUACUUUAUGCUUAAAAACAGAAUCAUGAAAAACCAUUCAUGCCAGUUUGAAAAACCGGUUGUUCCUAAAGUGUGCCAUUUCCAUACCGCCUCGAUCCCCAGCCCAAUACAUGCAUGAAGAGUUCUACAACAAGUGAGUUUAAAGCAGAUCUCAUUUAAGGGGAGCUGUCACACCUGCUCCCCAUCACUCCCAUGAGACUAGUUGGAGAAGAGUUAUUUUUAUAUCCCCUCAGCAUGUCAGUUUAUAUGUUACUGGGGUGUGAAAUCUAGAUGCAGGGCACAAUAUUUCACGAGAACCGUUGUUCUGUUCGCGUGUCGGUUACACAACUUUAAAAUCACGGGAACUGCCAAUCGGGUUACGUGGCGAACGAUUACAUUCGAAUAUUAAAAGUACCCAAUAUCAUUAAUGAAAAUGAAAAUUAGUUUAUUUUUGAAUCACCAAUGUAGCAUAGAACCAUAGUUCAAGUGUUUUUGGAUUAGUUAGGCCUAACUGAUCAGGUUACGAGAACUAUAUUCACAUAACGGAACAAUCGGUUACCUAAGUAAAAUUCACAUGAACUGACUUCUAGUUAAAUAAGAUUUUGAAAUAUUGUCCCCUGUAGAUGUAGCUUAGUUGGACCCAUUCUCUGACUGUGUUUUACCCAUCCCCACCAGUACACCAUGACUUGUAUCAUAGUCUAUGGUAUGUGCCGUCUUGUCUGGGAAAGAGCAUAUAAAAUAUCUCUUUCUACUAAUGGCAAAUGUAGCAGUUUUCCUCUCUUAAGAAUAUAUGUCAGAAUCACCAAAUGUUUGUCAUCUAAUAGCGGGUGAUUAAUAAUUGAGUAUGCUCGAGUGGUGUUAAAAGAAACUUAACUUAUAUAUGAUAUCAAUAUGGUAAUUUCUCCCAUUCCCGGCCUCGGUGGCGUCGUGGCAGGCCAUCGGUCUACAGGCUGGUAGGUACUGGGUUCGGAUCCCAGUCGAGGCAUGGGAUUUUUAAUCCAGAUAC